AUGACCGUCCCCGAGCCCCCGAUCAAAUUAGAAGGCCAUUGCUCGGUGAUUUCUGGAAACACUCUUUACGUGUAUUCGUCCAAUGGCUUCAUUUCACUCCCGUUAAAGGCCAAUAGCACGGGCUGGGCCACAUUGAACGGCGGCGUGUCCGUCUCCAAUCCCGUGUGUUUGAAAGGCGGGAUAGAUGGCAGUGAGAGUGACGAUGAAGCCCUAUACGUGGUUGGCGGGACCACCACCUCGGACGACACAUAUCCCGGCCUCCAGCGAUACUCUUUCAAGGACCGAAGCUGGACGACGCUGGGAAAUGGAGCAGCAACCUCUAUGUCCGCCCGAACAGGCCAUGGCGCCGCAUUUGUCGCGUCUAACUCUUCGAUUAUUGUUUAUGCUGGUAACCAAGGCUCUGGUGACAGCACCGCUCUCUCUGCUGAAUCUUUCCUGAUUUCAACAAAAUCUCCCUGGGUCCCGACUUCCGUUAACUGCCAGGAAGCCCCAACUCUUAACAACCCCCAACUGCUCCCCUGGAACUCGACUCACGUUGGUAUGUUUGGCGGUACUGGUGGGAGCCAAGCAGUUUACACAUACAGUCUCUCAGAAGGAUGGAUUACCUCGCCCGUGAGCCUCCAGUCCGCUCUUUCAACGUCGAACCCACUCACUCUCCUUUCGGGCUCAGGAGAUAGCAAGGUGUUGGAAUUUUUCGACAUGAGUGCCUCUCCCAACUCCGUGACCAAUUACGAACUCGUCAGCUCCGACGGAAAUCCCGAUAGCCCUGCUGUGGCGGUGGGAUCUUCCUCGAAGAAGCGGAGCACAGGGAGCUACCCAGCCUACAACGACACUCUUGCUCCCAGCUACACGUGGUCGGAUUACGGUCUUGCUCAGGGAAGCAAUGGUCUGGUUGUACUCUCCAGUGGCAAGAGCAAUAACUCGCUCGCCAUCUUCAACCAGACCUCGAAUAGCUGGGUCAAUGCGACAGAAUUCUUCUAUGGCAAGACUGUUCAGCACGUCUUGAAGACGAAUACCACCACAUCAACUACCAUGACCCCUACAGCCACAGCCACUCCUUCGGCAUCGAUAUCAGCUAGCGCUACUCCCAGCUCGACGACCACUGCCGCCGCUGCUGCCAGCGGUGGCUCUCACACGGAUGUCAAGGUUAUCAUCGGUGCUGUCCUUGGCAGUGUAUGCGGCGUGGGCAUCAUCCUGCUUCUGCUCCUCUGGCUGCUCAAGCGCGAGAGGACGAAGCGAGAGCGAAAUGGCCAGGCCCGUGGCGGUGAUAGCAAAGAUCGACUGAGCUUCCAGGACCAGGGCAUAGAACCCCUGGCAGGCGGUGCAUACCCCAUGGCUAAGAGUCCCGUGCCAGUUGCCUCGAUGUCAGCCGAUUCCCUCGCGAUCAUCUCGGGCAAGUAUGCCGGAGAAAAGUCUCUCAUGCCCCCUCCCACCAACGCUGGCUACGGUCUCUCUGCCACACCUCGCAAGAGUAGCCCACUUUCACCCAUCCCGUCCAGCGGUCUCGCGCCAUCAAGUAUGUACUCUGAAGAUGCCUACCGCCACAGCAACACCCCCUCAGAACUGGGCAACAAACCGGGUGACCGCACCACCGACGAAGGCUGGGGCAAGUACUUUGAAGAUAAUAACACGACAAAUCUCGCGGGAAUGGCUGCCGACCGCUCCACGACCAGCUCGAUCUACACGAAAUCCGACUACCGUGGUAGCGCCUGGCCUAUGUCGAACUUGACUCCGCUGAAUUUGGGCUUCCUCGACCAGCCCAAGCCAUUGGGCCGUGUCUACAGUGGCAGCCCAACGACGGAGCACGCUUCGUCGAGUCGCAGUCUCGCAAUCCCAGAGGGACAGAGUGCGCGGAUAUCCAGCGCCGACUCGAUCAGUGUGACCAGCGAUGAUGACCCGCACGAUACGAACUGGACAGGUGCGCAUACUAGCUGGCUCGGCCGUCCGGCUAGCAGCAACUACAGUACGAGCUUCUACAACAGCAGUUCCCGCGACUUGCCUAGUUCAAAUCCGCAGUUACCUCGACACUCGAACGGCCGCCGCUCGAGCAUUGCGAUCCCCGAUGAUAUUGACGAAUUGCCGGUGCCAGGGCGCAAUAAUGUUAAUUCGGAUAUGAGUUGGCUGAAUAUUCAUGCUGACCGAUAA